ACUACGGCGAGGCGCGCAAUACAACACACACAGUCGGUCGUGUUGAACCGUCGCGUACGGUUUUCUGCGGCGUGCGUGCAUAGUAAACCCUUUUUCCGAGUGUUUCUGGUGUCUCUUGUGCAAAGUGUCGAGAAUUUACAAAAGUGCGUACAAACACAAGCGAACGAAGUGGAAACAAGAAAACAGUACAAAACAUCCCAUCAAUCAGUCCAGCAAGAGUCAGCCUCAGGACUGGACGCAUUGGGCGGUGAACCAACGCUAAAGGGGUUGGUAGUGGUGUGCGUGAUGUGUGUGUGUGUUGUUAAGUGCGUAGAUACGAAGUGAUAUGAUUACAGUGCAACGUGGCCGCCGUCCACUGCUCGGACCAACGGAAACGUACGCCAGCAUUGUGCCGUAUCGGGCCAUCGCGGCCAUCUCAGUGCAAUUGUAAAUGAGCACACAGCAACCACCACGUCGAUGACAUUUCCAGCUACGAUUGACAUUUUUCAACGUGAUUAAAAGCCUUCCUGCCCCUUCCACCCGGGACUAAUUGUCCUCCAGUGCGACCUGCUAUCGCGGUGGCUCUGUGCGCAAGCACACGAUAAGAUACGCGAAUACGGUACGCAGGCCGUACGCUUGGGGAAGGUUUUUGCUGUUUGUUUGUCUGUCCGGUGUGGUUGGUUAGUGAUUUUGUUCUGCAACUUAAAAAUAACCUGUCAGCGAACGGUAAAGUUCUAUCCCACACAGACCAGUCGCGAAAAGCUUUGGGAAGGGCCUAGCAAAGGGACCUGGAAGACUGCAGCUUGAACAAGUGACGAACAGACAGCGUCGCCCAGUGGAGUUAAUAGUGCCACACAGCUAUGACGAUCACUGGUACGAGUAAUGGUGGUGGCGGCGGCGGCGGUGGUGGAAUGCGGCCCCUGAAGGUAACGACGGUCGGCGACGGUAUGGUCGGGAAGACCUGCAUGCUCAUCACCUACACGCAGAACGAGUUCCCGAGCGAGUACGUCCCGACCGUGUUCGACAAUCACGCGUGCAACAUUGUGGUGGACGGGGCCGAUUACGCGCUAACGCUGUGGGACACGGCCGGCCAGGAAGAUUACGAACGGUUGCGACCGCUCAGCUAUCCAAAUACCGACUGUUUCCUCAUCUGCUACUCCAUAUCGAACCGCACAUCUUUCGAUAACGUGCUGUCCAAGUGGUACCCGGAGAUAAGACAUUUUGCACCCUCCGUACCGAUCGUGCUUGUCGGCACCAAGAGCGAUCUGCGUGUGCCCGGGUCGGAGAAGUUCGUCACCACGGCCGAAGGCAAGAAGCUGAAGCACAAAAUCAAAGCCUACGCGCUGGUGGAAUGUUCCGCAAAGCGGAAGCUCAACCUUGCCGAGGUGUUUGACGAGGCGGUGCGUGCUGUCGAGAAGAAACCACACGCCGGUCCGCGGAUGUGUACGAUACUAUAGCUUAGGCGUGGAGAAAAGCUGCAAACGCUUCAGCGGAAAUCAGUCUACUUUAGGCACGACACAACCCAGGGAUGACGGGAGAAGGUCUUUUUAAAGGUUGGAUUGUGUACACCUGGUACUCACGAUGCGCACUACUACUACUACGAGGGAAACUCGUUCGAACUUUAGACGACUAUUUAGGGCUAAUUAAAUUGUAACUGUGCCGCCACACGGGAAAUUCCUGUUACAGUAUUGGAAUGUAGUAAAUUUUAGUACGAAAUUUUUGUGGGGCUGAUGUAUUGUGGUGAUGAGAUUCUGAUCAACGGUCUAAGGAUCCAUACCGGUUUGCCAUACACCCAAGAUCGAAGGUAUCGAAAUGAGGAGAAAUUCGCAACGCAAAAGUUAGAUGUGCUGUUAGAGAGAUUAUUUCCCUCUCUACACUGUCCAAAAAGUGUGGCCAAAAGAAGACUUCCCUGAUAAUGCAGUCAAUAGUGAUGUUCUAACUGGAGAGGUGAAGAUUGAUAAACACCUGAAGCGAUAGUGGGCUGGGGCUACUAAAGAAGGGGCAUUUUGGCGCGUAGAUAGCACAGGAACAAGAAUUGUUAAAAGAGUAUUUAUAGUGAUAGAGAAGGCGAAGGAAAGAUUGGUACGCGCGUUGAAAGCGGAAAUGGGAAACUGAAAGGGUGUAAGAAAGAAGACGGUAGGGUAGCGGCAUUUGCCACGAACUGCUCCUGCACUCCUGUACUGUGUGCUUGUUUUAUAUAUACUUGUUAAAUAAACUAGUCAUUUUAAGCCUA